AUGGAGGCGACGGUGGCCAACACUGACGGUUCGCGAGAGGAGAUCAAGCUCCAUGCGCUCGCGUUCGUUCGCAGCUGCAACCGGAAGCACCGAAGAGCCCUACAUGACCAUCUCGCUGACAAGUCUGACGUCCGUCCUCAUUACCCGCGUGAGUCAGACGUCACCCAGCCGAUACCUCAACUCCUGGCUACGUAUACCACGUGGGUCUCGAGUUCCAACGUAGAGACCGCCCUGCUUUUUGAGCGGUCGCUAGAGCAGUCUCUUGUCCAGAUAGCGCACAGUGUGUUGCACGGGAACCUCCUUGUCUCGGCACUGGUCGAGGAUCUUGUAGCUUCCGUCCCAUUCCCCGCCAUCAUCGCGUGGAAACUGCAUGAGCUGUGUGCACUUGACUUCAACCACGUGUUGUGUCGAGCUGUUUGUCCUGGAACACCCUUCCGCAAGCGAACCCAUCCAUCGUCGUCCCGUGAUAUCGACGUCUCGUCCGCAGGCGUCGUGCAACUCGCGGCCGCACUCGACACCGUCCCACCUGCCUCCAUGCGCGAUUACUCCGCCAUCCUUGGCCACAUCCUGGCCACAUACGUCGACACAUCAUGCUCCCAACACCCACGACAGGUCUCGCCCCCUGUGCUGCGCAUCGCCGUCCACGCGCUCGUCCGCCAUCUCUGCGACGUGCAACGCGCCGGUAGUUCGUACCUCCCCCUCCUUCAGCACAUUUCGCCCGCUUUGGCCUCACAUCCAGCCAUGCAAACCCUGCUCAAAACCCAAUUGCUCGCCCAUGUAACCGCGCCACCGUACUUGUUGAAGCGACGCGUUUCUUUGCACCACGAAGCGUUCGUUCUAGCGUUUCGACGGAGCUUGUCCAUAACGUCCUUUGCCGCGGUCGUGAAAGACUUUUUCUGGACGCGACCGUGGCACGUCGAUCCAUUUUGGGCGGCGUUGUUUGCCGCGUUCGGUGGUACUACUAGUACAAACCACAGGGGGGAUAGUAAUACUAGUAGUACUGCCUCCCUUCUGCUUGGCGUCGCGCAUGCGUUUGGGUCCCAUGCCGUCCUCACCAUGAACGCCACCCUCCUCCACGCCAGCGUGUCCCUAGCCGCCCAAGUCACGACCCUCCCUGACUACUCUGUCUGGUUCCACUCGCACUUUGGAAGCCCCGACCACGCAACUACUACUAGUACUACUAGUACUAGUCCUAGUACUUUUCCGCCCGGCGAAGCGUGUCCUGGCCAAUCGUGUGCAUUGGUCACGAAUAAGCGCACAGUGCAGUUUGUCGUGGCGUGCUUUGUGGAGACCCUACCCCUGGAAUCGUCUCGACACCAUUUGGAUGUGCAAUUUCAGGUGCUCAAACGUCACGCUGCCACGUACCCCGACUUUGUCUUGCACUACAUUCAACUGGCCCGCCGUAAACUGAACGCGUUGGCGGCCUCCUCAUCCUCUCCAAACCACAAAGAUAACAAUAACCACGACCUUGAAGACCACAUCAAUACGUUUCUCGACACUGGCAAGGUCCCCGCCCCGAUCCGGACGCGCCUCUUGCUCCAAGAUGCAACUUGGCACGGAAAGCUCAAGCCGGCGCUGCUGGCCGCGCGGGACGUCGGCAGCCACGUGCUGUCGCUCGGGUGGAUGCAGCUGGUGCACACGUUGGCGCGAGAAGGCGCCAUCCGACAUUCCGAGUACGCGCCAUUUGUGGCGGCAAUGCAUGGAAUCGUCCAAGUCCGCACGGCGAGUCGAGGAGCAGAGUGCCCCGUGGACCAGUUAGCCACCGAGUUGGUUGAUUCGAUGGCGGGGACUUGUACUCUUCCGCCCAUGUCGGCCGAUCUGGGCACUCGGAUGGUCCGGCGGCUGCAGACUCUUCCACACAUCAAGGCGAAAACGAUCGAGUUUGUACAUGGCGGCGCGCUUUUGACAGCCACGGGGCCAAACUGGCCCGCCACGAAGCCACUUGUCGUGGAUAUGUGGACGGAUGGCCUGAACCACGACCAGCAACUGCACGUGCUGACGCAUCUUGAAACGACGAUUCGACAGCUACUAGGUCUGGGGACGACGACGACAGACGACCCCGAUCCUACUAUCGCAACUAGUACUACUACUACCAGUAGUAGUACUACCAACGACGACGACAAGAUCGGGAUGGUGCUGACAUCCCUCGCGCGACUGCUCUGCAUUGCCAUGACCACCCAUGCCGACCAAGUUACGACGUUCCUCAACGACUUGGUGCGCCCUCCCAUCGACUUUACCCCCCACCAUCAACACACUCGUCCCAUGCAUGCCUUGACUAGGUUGUGCACCCACGUCGUUACUUGCUUGGGUGGUGCAGGUCAACCAACCGAUGCAACCAUUGGCAAAAACGUUCCUCGAGGAGUUGUGCAGUUUCUCCAGUGGAUCCAAGCUCGACAUGUAUAUGGAGGAAGCGGAGAAGAAGUGGUAGCUGGGUCGUUGGAUCAUCUGCCAAGUCCUGAAGACUAUUUUGCGAUCUGGCUAGCCUAUGAAUUGCACCAACCCAAGCACCGAAACGAGGCGGUUGUGUCGACGUCAUUGUAUCGUCUGGACUGCAUGUCGACGAUGUUUAUGCAAAUGCACAAGACCAGCAGCCUCCAACUCUCGUCUGCCAUCACAACUGUGUGUAGCUUGGGCAAGGAACUGCUGCGCCACCAAGCCGAUUGUUUUGACGAUUGCCACAUGGCCUUGACUCCCUCAACGCGACCUCCAACAGACCACAUUGUCCACCCAGCGUGGGCCGCUCAACGGCCGAGCCAUCCCUCAACACGAAACAGUCCCCCACUCUCGCAUUGCCAACUAGAGUCUGGCCUCAUGCUGUUCCAUCAGGUGGUGCCCCUGCUAUUUGCCAACCCCGGCGACAUCCAACCCGCCAACCUCCACACGGCGCUGGUCAAGACCUUUGUCGACGCAGCCGGCGCCGUCCUCGUCGUUGGCGGCACGCCGGGCCGGACGGCCCGCGUCUGCCAGAUGCUCGUGGAACUCCUACAUGUGUGCUAUGCCCACAGCCGAGUCCUUGUAUCAAGGGACCGAGUUCUUGUAUCAAGCGGAGCAUACACCCCCCCGCCCAAACUCCAGCACACGGUGCGGUCGUUCGUGAGGCGGCAUCUACAUGCGAUCGCGCCGUGGCCACCCCGCGUGACGAGCAUGUUGAACCUCCUCUUGACAGACGUAGCCGAUCGGGCGUUUCCAUCCUCGACUCAUCAGGACGGGGAUGCCGACGACCUGGUGGUGGCGUGCCUGGCAGUGUCGGCGCCGCACCUCCAGCCGCCGCCGGCCCCCGUGUACGCGCACCUCCACGCUGCACUCUGUCACAGCCCUUCUUCUUCUUCUUCAACCGCCUCGUCCCUUGCACGACUGCAUACCCAAGUAUCGCUAGACCAUCCUGCUGCCAUUGACAUGACGUUAUCAGUGCUGAGGCAUUGGCUAGCCUGGACCCAGCAGCACACUCCACCACCCCGAGCGCAAGACGUUCUAGCCCACCUCCACAACACCACCAACACCCUCGUGCUGCUCGAACGCAUCUGUCACAUGUACUUGUCACCAACUCGACCAAUUGCCAUCGUUCCUGCGGCGUUUCUCACAGUGUUACUGCAACUGACCCACCAGUUGCUCAGCCACGACACACAACGGGUCGGCCACUGGCUAGUCGAGUACUACGCUGCAGCACAUAGCACCCAUCCUCGUGACCAUACAUCGCCGCCUGCAGUGUGGUUUCUACUCGUGCUCACCCAAUGCAGUCCAUCACUGCUGGAUGAGUGCGUUCGAGUGCAUGGGACGAUGUGGCUGGAGCAGACCUGCCGCGCCUUCCUCGCCGUCCGCCGCCUCCCGCCCGAGCACACGCCUCCCAUCCCGUCCAUCGCUCUUGCCAGGUUUCCCAGUGUGCUCGACGAAGUGUUGGCCAGCGCACGUCGCCAUUCAGUCGCGUUUUCCACCGCCCACUACCUCAUGCACCUUGGACCAGUGGUAUCCCAUCACUUGCAAGUGAAACUGCAAAGCCUUCGAAUUCUAGACGACGACGACGACGACACCCACGAGGACGUGCGCUCUCAAUCGCCACCUCCAUAUGAACCACUCGUGUUCAACAACCAACUACACGCUUGGGAGUAGAUUAACUAACCACGCCUUCUCACAGCGCCACGUAAUUGGCGUAGUGAUGGCGUCGAUUCGCUAGUCGGAUCGCCAUCACCAUCACUGCCACCACCACAACCACCAUCAGAGCCCCUUGCAUCGUCAUGGAGGCUGCUUCACGUCCAUCUUGCCCAAGAACGUCCGUCUCCGUUGUGUCCUCUACUUGCAUGGCUGUGGGCACGGAAGGAGCGUCUGCCGCCGCCAUGAGGAUGGACAUCCCCACAACCACCCCCGUCUCCCCCGUGAGUCGCUCCAGCCCGUCCGACGGGUACACGAACGACUCGCACUUGACACUUCCGUACACAAAGCACUCAAACAGGUACAGCGCAUGCAGCGGCCGGUUGGCGGCGACCAUAUGCCCCGCCCCCUUGACCGUUUUGAACGUCAAGUUGGUGUACUCCUGCGUGUACCCCGCGAGCUGCUUGUCCGGGCCAAACCAUGCUCGCCAGUCCUGCGAUACUGUCAGGUUCAGGCCUUCGUCUGUGAUCCAGCGCUCCGUGCCAAUGAAAUUCACCACCGAGUCGGCGUCCCCGCUGUAAAUCAACGCCUUGAGCCCUACCCCACCACAAUGCACCGAGUUAGUCGUUGUAUACUUAUUGUAAGAGUAAAUGAAAAUCUGGCAAUAGAUAAUGAAAUAAUAGAUAGAUA